AUGUCCCAACCCGUAAUCACCUUGUAUGACGUCCCGUCCACCAUCCCCCAACCUUGGGCCCCUAAUAUCUGGCGCAUACGCUUUAUUCUCAACUACAAGCGACUCCAUUACCGUACGGUCUGGGUCGACUUUUCUGAAGUCGAAGCCACCCUACGCUCAAUUAAUGCCCCUCCAACAUCCGUCAGAAGCGACGGUCGCCCUGUGUAUUCUCUGCCAGUCGUAUUAGACCCCUUAAGAUCAAGGAGUUCCCCUGUCAUUUUGUCCAACGCAAACGCCAUCGCCGAAUAUCUAGAAGUCACAUACCCUGCACGGCCAAUAUUUCCUGAAGGCUCCCGCGCCGUUCAAUCCCUCUUCGUUCACUAUGUCCAAGAAAACUUUGCUAAGCCUCUGCUCCCCAUCCUCGUUCCACUAACCCACCAAACGCUGCCUGAGCGUAGUCAGGCUCAUUUUCGUGCCGCUGGAGCAGCUCCCUCUCAGAGGACCCUAAGUGGACCGCAGAAAGAGCAGGCCUGGCGUGUAGUGAAGGAACAAUUCGAUUUUCUCGCGGCUAUACUGGAUAAAAACGCCGGCAGCGAUGGCAAUGGCGUCGUCGCCAUGGGUCACGACGUCAGCUAUGCAGAUUUUUCCAUUUGUUCUGUUCUGUAA